AUCAAAGAUGGUAUAUGUUUCAAAAAAUGGGACCUACACCCAAUCCGAGAUUUCACCUCACGAUGACUGCGUCACAAGAAAAAGUUAUGGUUUUUGGUGGUGAAUCCAUACAAGGAGCAAAGCCAGAUGAAGAUGGUUUAAUUCACAUAUUAGAUACAUCUAAAAUAAAAUAUCCUCCUGUCACACAAAACGCCAACCCACAACAA